AUGGAGAGCGCCUUCGCGAAGCCUACACAAGCUGUCCUCGCCAACUUUGGCGUCGACGCAAAAGACGGCCUCAGUUACGAGCAGGUUGUCGAGCUGAGGAGCAAGCAUGGAAAGAAUGCCAUUCCCGAUGAACCACCAACUCCCCUGUGGGAGCUCAUACUCGAACAAUUCAAGGAUCAACUCGUUAUAAUCCUGCUGGGUUCUGCUGCCGUGUCCUUUGUCCUGGCUCUUUUCGAGGAUGAAGGCGGCUGGGGCGCAUUCGUCGAUCCCCUCGUUAUCUUGACUAUUCUCAUUCUCAAUGCCGUCGUUGGUGUUUCCCAAGAAAGCAGCGCCGAGAAGGCCAUCGCCGCCCUCCAAGAGUACUCGGCCAACGUUGCUAGCGUUAUCAGAAACAAUGGACACAUCACGCGCGUCAAGGCUGAAGAGCUGGUACCGGGAGACAUUGUCUCAGUGUCUGUGGGCGACCGAAUCCCCGCCGACUGCAGAGUCAUUUCGAUCGAGAGCAACAGCUUUGCAGUCGACCAGGCCAUCCUAACGGGAGAGAGUGAAAGUGUUGGCAAGGACGGCGAAAAGGUCGUCAGUGACGAAAAGGCAGUGCUUCAGGAUCAGACCAACAUGCUCUUCUCCGGAACAACCGUUGUGACUGGCCGGGCCAAAGCCAUAGUCGUUUUGACGGGACCGAACACUGCGAUCGGCGAUAUUCAUGAGAGCAUCACCGCUCAGAUUUCGGAGCCCACUCCUCUAAAGCAGAAGCUCAACGACUUCGGCGACACCUUGGCCAAGGUUAUCACGGUCAUAUGCAUUGCCGUCUGGCUUAUCAACAUUCCCAAUUUUGCCGACCCAAGCCACGGAAACUGGACCAAGGGUGCCAUUUACUACCUGAAGAUUGCCGUGUCCCUUGGCGUCGCGGCCAUUCCUGAAGGCCUGGCCGUCGUCAUUACGACAUGUCUGGCACUGGGUACCCGCAAGAUGGCUGCCAAGAACGCUGUGGUUCGAAGCCUGCCCUCUGUGGAGACUCUGGGAAGCUGCAGUGUCAUCUGCUCAGACAAGACCGGUACUCUGACCACCAACCAGAUGAGUGUCAGCAAGGUCGUUCAUAUCAGUGAAAAUGGCCAGGACCUGGAGGAGCUCGAUGUGCAGGGAACUACCUUUGCCCCAAAGGGUGAUAUCUCACGUAAUGGCAAGGUAGUGCGAGACCUCGCCCAGAGCUCCGCGACGAUUUGCCAGAUGAAUGAGGUGGCUGCGCUUUGCAACGAUGCCCGGCUGAUGUACGAUGCUCGAUCGGGAGCCUUCUCCAACGUAGGAGAACCUACUGAAGGUGCCCUGAGAGUCUUGGCCGAGAAGAUCGGACCCUGUGCACCUGCGAACUCGAACCCCGAAGACUGCGUCCACCACGCCAGCGCCUGGUACGAACAGAAGUUCCCCCGUCUUGCGACGUUCGAGUUUUCCCGAGACCGCAAGAGCAUGUCGGUGGUUGUUCAGGCUGGUCAACAGAAGAAGCUUCUUGUCAAAGGUGCUCCCGAGUCCAUCAUUGAGCGAUGCACGCACACCCUGGUUGGCGCCAAUGGCAAACGGGUUCCUAUCGACAAGAAACUCUACGAUCUGCUUAUGAAGGAGGUAACUGAUUACGGCAACCGUGGACUUCGUGUUAUUGCUCUUGCGAGUGUCGAUGAUAUCGGAUCCAACCCCUUGAUCCAAAACGCCAAGUCGACCGCUCACUAUGCCCAGUUAGAGCAAAACCUUACGCUCCUUGGUCUUGUUGGCAUGCUGGAUCCCCCUCGCCCCGAGGUCUCUGGCGCAAUCAAGAAGUGCAAGAAUGCUGGAAUCAGGGUCAUCGUCAUCACCGGUGAUAACCGCAACACCGCAGAGAGCAUUUGCCGAAAGAUUGGAGUUUUCGGAGAAUAUGAAGACCUCAAGGGCAAGAGUUUCACUGGCAGAGAGUUUGACAAUCUGAGUUCCAGCGAGCAGCACGAGGCCGCAAAGCAUGCAUCUCUCUUCUCCCGCGUUGAACCCAGCCACAAGUCGAAGCUCGUCGAUCUCCUCCAGUCCUUGAACGAAGUGGUCGCGAUGACUGGAGAUGGAGUCAAUGACGCCCCUGCUCUCAAGAAGGCUGAUAUCGGUGUCGCAAUGGGCUCCGGCACCGACGUCUCGAAAAUGGCUGCCGACAUGGUUCUCGCUGACGACAACUUUGCUACCAUCGAGUCCGCCAUCGAGGAAGGCCGAUCCAUCUACAACAACACGCAGCAGUUCAUCCGCUACCUCAUCUCUUCGAACAUUGGUGAAGUGGUCUCGAUCUUCCUCACAGCUGCCCUUGGCAUGCCAGAGGCCCUCAUUCCCGUCCAACUUCUAUGGGUCAACCUCGUCACCGACGGUCUGCCUGCAACAGCUUUGUCUUUCAACCCACCGGACCAUGAUAUCAUGAAGAGGCAGCCACGGAAGCGCAACGAAGCGCUCAUUGGUGGUUGGCUGUUCUUCCGAUACAUGGUCAUUGGUAUCUAUGUUGGUCUAGCUACUGUUGCUGGCUAUGCAUGGUGGUUCAUGUACAACUCCGAGGGACCUCAGAUCAGCUUCUACCAGCUGUCUCACUUCCAUCGAUGCUCAGCAGAAUACUCCGAAAUCGGCUGUGAAAUGUUCGGUAACGACAUGUCAAAGGCAGCUUCGACCGUCUCACUCUCGAUCCUUGUCGUCAUCGAAAUGCUGAACGCCAUGAACGCUCUCUCAUCCAGCGAGUCCCUGUUGACUCUGCCUCUGUGGGAGAACAUGAUGCUUGUGUACGCUAUCGCUCUGUCGAUGGCCCUCCACUUCGCACUGCUAUACACUCCGUUCCUUCAGACCCUGUUCUCCAUUCUGCCUAUGAACUGGAAUGAGUGGAAGGCAGUGCUCAUCAUCAGUGCACCUGUUAUCUUGAUUGACGAGGUACUCAAGGCUGCCGAGAGACAGUGGUUCCUGCAGACCAACACGGACGACGCCGCUGAGGCCAAGAAGAAGGCAUAA